CGCAUGCGCAGUUUGUGUUGUGUAAAGCGCCAUGUUCCAGUUUCGGCAUGUUUCCGAAUCAUGCCUGCUGUCUGUCACUGUGUAUGAUUUGACAUUAACCGUAAAGAAGCAGUCAUGAGCCCCAGCCAGGGCUCCCCUGUACCUCUGUCCCUCACCGGCAGCCUGCAGAGACUCUUCAGUCAUGUGAAGAUCGAGAAUUUAAUAGCAGGGCUCAGUGGAGGAGUGGUGUCCACGUUGGUGCUUCAUCCUCUGGAUCUGGUCAAAAUAAGGUUUGCAGUGAGUGACGGGCUGGACGUGAGACCGAAAUACAGUGGAAUGAUGCACUGCAUGAAAAGCAUCUGGCAGCAGGAGGGUCUCCGGGGCCUUUAUCAAGGAGUCACCCCAAACAUCUGGGGUGCUGGAGCAUCAUGGGGGCUUUACUUUUUCUUUUACAAUGCAAUAAAAGCAUACAACAAAGAGGGCAGACAGACAGAACUGAGUGCCACUGAACAUCUGCUGUCAGCAGCUGGAGCAGGGGCGAUGACGCUUUGCAUGACCAAUCCGAUCUGGGUCACCAAAACCCGCCUGGUUCUUCAGUACGGCGCCGAUCCGUCUAAGAAGCAGUACAAGGGCAUGAUGGAUGCUCUUUUGAAAAUCUACCACCACGAAGGGAUCGCAGGACUCUACCGGGGGUUUGUCCCGGGAUUGUUUGGAACCUCCCAUGGUGCACUGCAGUUCAUGGCGUACGAAGAGCUGAAGAGAGAUUAUAACAAAUACAGAAAGAUGCAAUCGGAUGCUAAACUGAAUGCAUUAGAAUACAUUACCAUGGCAGCUUUGUCCAAAAUAUUCGCAGUGGCUACGACAUACCCGUAUCAGGUGGUCCGAGCUCGUCUGCAAGAUCAGCACAACACUUAUGAUGGAUUGGUAGAUGUCAUCCGGAGAACGUUCAGAAAUGAGGGUCUGUUGGGUUUCUACAAAGGCAUGGUGCCCAACCUGAUCCGAGUCACUCCGGCCUGCUGCAUUACCUUCGUGGUCUAUGAGAAUGUUUCCCGCUUCCUCCUGGACCAGCACAAGUGAACCGAGAACGGGAUGAAAUGCAUCGGAGAGCCGAGCCGAGCCUGGGAAGGGUCAUCCCGUCGGCGACAGUGUUUGACGCCAAUGGAGGAGACGGAUAUGUGAAAGGGGGACAAAUAAAACAUCCCGGUCCUCUCUGGAAAACUGAAAUGCACGAUGUUACCGACUGGUCAAGAAACCGAUACUCGAUUGGUUUCUCUAAAUCAUAGGUGACAUUAGGGUGAAUAUGGAGAUGAGGGAUAUACUAUGUGGCUGUUAAUUAUAUUCACACACAGGCUGCUUAAUUAAAUGUUUUACAAUCAGGUUAACUUUUUUUUAUCAUGAUCUAAAGAUGAGUAAUGUGACUAACGCUGGGCAAUAUAUGAAAUAUCCACAUUUUUGAAUAAUUCACUGGUAUAAAGUUAAGCAACAUCGUGAAUAUUAAGACCGUUUUAAUGCGCUUUUUAUCUUAAAGGAAUAGUUUGCCCAAAAAUGAACAUUCUGUCAUCAUUUACUCGAGUAGUUCCAAACACAUAUAUAUAUACAUAUACAUAUACAUAUAUAUAUAUAUAUAUA